UGAAAUCCAUCUUUUACCGACAACGCAAACUCUGGGUGUUUGCACCCGUGUUGUUCUCCGCCGAUUCUCCCCUCCUCCCAAUCGACUUACGCUUUCUGCAAAUUGACCCGUCAAUACCGCCAAGCUGUCUUCCCCAAUCUUACUCCAGCGCACCGUCUCCUACGACGCGGCGAACAAGCCUCCGCGCCGAGGCAGCAUCUAUCUCAACAUGCCCGAACGGAACGCAGCGGGAGGAGCUGGGGCCCGAAGGAGGAGAUCUAGCAGUAUCCUCCAGGUUUACCAUGAGCCUCCCGAGACUCUCGAGCAGAUCAGCGACCAAGCUUCUCUGCCUAACCUCAACGCCAACUGGACAAAUGCUAAAGGUGCCUGGACCAUUCAUUUCGUCCUGAUCGUGUGCGCCAAAAUCAUAUUUGACGCCAUCCCUGGUGUCUCGCAGGAGACUUCAUGGACGCUUGUCAACAUGUCAUACAUGUUUGGCUCCUACAUCAUGUUCCACCAUGUUCGUGGCGUUCCCUUCGAUUUCAACAGUGGCGCUUUUGACAACCUCAAUAUGUGGGAGCAAAUUGACAAUGGCGCGCAGUACACGCCCACCAAGAAGUUUCUUCUUGGUGUUCCGAUUGCACUAUUCCUCGUCAGCACCCACUAUACGCAUUACGACUUGACAUACUUUACUAUCAACUUAUUGGCUGUCCUGGGAGUCGUCAUCCCCAAGCUACCCUUUGUAUGUUGCCGUGCCAUCCCUCUAUUUGUUUGCGUCUCUGCACCUAUGACAUGUACCCUUGGUUUUGUUUACACAACAUACUUUCUCAUGGGCGUCAUAUGCUAACACAAGCCCAGAGCCACCGAAUGCGAUUUGGGCUUUUCUCAGGUCCACCGGAGGAAUAGGAGACCGAAUAGGGAGCAGAAACAGAAGCAGAAGCAAAAUAACUACCGUGGGACCGAUUUGCUGUAUUAGUAUCAGGGGCGUUAGGGUAAGAUUAUCUUUGGCGAGAAAGAGAAUUGGGGGAUUGCGAAAAAUAAGAAGAGGUCGAGGUUGUGCAACUUGAUAGCAAGCAGUAUUUAUAACGCGGCUGGUGAGCAGAGUGUUCGGUCGUUCAGCGGUAGCUUCAAAACAGCAAUUGGAUUUGGACAUCGGCAUAUUUCUCAACAGUUUUCUAUCCCUUGUUC